AUGGCUGAUGACAUACAGGAAGCUCAGCGACAGGAGGCCGUGGGUCGUAAGGAGAGAAUUGCUGCAAAGUCGCGAGGUCUUCGUGCUGGCUUCCUGUUUGACAGAACUCUAAGAUCUAUGCUGCGGUGCGAGCUAUAUUAUGCUCGAGCUCGGUUGACGUGCGCGCUGGUCAUUGAGGAGGGCUUUUGGAGGCAAAAGGCGCGGGUGAAGUGGCUUUUGGACGGAGACAGGAGCUCCAAGUACUUUCACUCAUUGGUAACAGAAAAGAGACGUAGAGCGGUGAUUCAUCGGGUUAGAAAGACGAAUGGAAAGUGGAUCGAGGGGGAGCCUCAGAUUGGUGAUACUGCCGUGAGGUUCUUCCAGGAACUUUUCACGGCAGAGGGGAGCUCAACAUCCAAUGCCAUUCUGGAGACCAUUCCGAAACUUGUCACUGACAAGGAUAACUCACUGUUAACGGAGAUUCCUUCUCUUACAGAAGUCAAGACUAUAGUCUUUGCCAUGGAUGGGAAGAGCGCUGCGGGCCGGAUGGGUUCACAGGGAAAUUCUUUACCUUCGCAUGGGAGGUGGUGGCCUCGGAUGUGUACAGGACAGUUGAGACAUAUUGCAGAUAAUUUCUUGCUGGCUCAGGAGUUAUUAACUGAUAUCAAGAAAUCAAAUCGGGGUGGGAACGUGGUCAUCAAGUUAGACAUAAUGAAAACUUAUGAUAGAGUCUCGUGGUCUUUUCUCCUACAGGUGCUGUGGCAUUUCGGGUUUAGUGAGACUUGGAUAGACAUGAUAUGGCGCCUAAUCUCGAAUGUUUGGUUUUCAGUAUUGGUUAAUGGAGCUCCACAAGGUUUUUUCAGGUCCUCACGGGGUUUACGACAAGGAGAUCCCAUUUCAGCGGCCUUAUUUGUUAUUGGAGUAGAGGUGCUAUCUCGAGCCCUAAAUUCGUUAGUCACACAGCGGGGCUUCACCCCUUUUAGAGUUCCUCCUCAAUGUCCUGUAGUAUCGCACUUGGCAUUCGCCGAUGAUGUGAUCAUCUUUCCCAGUGGUGGGAGGUCUUCUCUAAAAUUAGUUAAAAGGGUUCUAGAUGAUUAUAGUGUUGCAUCGGGUCAGCGGGUCAAUCCCCAGAAAAGCUGUUUUCUGACUCAUCCGUGGACUCCAUCUCAGAGGGCAGCGGUGGUUGGACAGGUCUACUAUGCUGAUACAUACAAUGCGGUGGCGGCUCGGAUCCUUUCAUGGAAGAAUCAGAGUUUGUCAGCUGGGGGUAGGUUGGUGUUGAUUAAGAGAGUGUUAUCCUCAAUGCCAAUUCAUUUGCUUGCAGCUGCGUCUCCUCUAAAGGGGAUUUUAUUGGCACUGGAGAAGUUAUUCAUUAAUUUCUUGUGGGGUCAUCGGAUUCGGGUGACAAAUUCCAUUGGAUGUGAUGGGUGGAUUUGUGUCGGUCGUGGGAAGAGGAGGGUGUUGGCCUGCGGGGGUUGCAAGAGGUCUUCGACUCUUUUUCCAUUAAACUCUGGUGGAAAUUUCAGCAAAAACAGUCACUAUGGGCAGAGUUUAUGUCGAAGAAAUAUUGUGCAGGGCAGCACCUUUGUCUAG